GAUCAAACGGGUAAGUACAGUCUUCAUCGUAUAUAAAUAUAUUUUUAUGUAUUUAAGAUUUGUUUUUAUGAACGUACAUACUCGUAUAUCUUAGCAUAAUUCAGUCCGAUAUCGUACUUGCGACCCGUACUAACACAACUCUUGAAGUCCUCAGAAAUUCUAGAAUUAGCGAUUCUAGCUUAUUUCACGGUUAUUUUCAAGCCAGUUCCAGAGAAUGGAAGCGUUCAGAAACGCUGUGCGUAUGGUCAUAAACAGGUCGUCCGAUGACCAACAAUUGGACUGCGUACUCAUGGCAUCAGUCCAGAAGCAACUGACCGAGGUUGCGGAUGCCGUGACCUCGGUAUGGCCACUUGCUGCGUUGUCGGACCUAGAGAGACGGGAAUGUGCCAAAACUUCGGCUGUAAGACGGUUUCCGACAAGAAGCAUCGUCUAUGAUGAUGAUCGUAACUCCAACGAGGCAAAUGCUUACUUCGUACUCGAAGGUCGGUGUACUUGCAUGCAAAGACUCCGUGUCCGUAAAAUGACAACAAAUGGCCGCAACCGUUUCGCAUUGAUCCGGGAUCAUGAUGGCCAUGGUCAAUCACAUAAUUUGGACACACAAAAAAAUGUACAAACGGUCUACGUGAAGAUGUCUGAUCUACGACCGGGUUCGGUUUUCGGUCUGGGCGAAAGGCGUUCGGGUCGGGUGGUGAUAGCCACUGCCGAUGUCAAGUGUUUGCUCGUCCCGUUGUCGUUCCUCUCAAAGCACAACGGGUCCAACAUCUGGGGAAGAACUGUGUGCUCUCUGGACGGUACCAACCCGACGAUCGAACAGUCUUUCCGGAAGUUUGUCGUGGAAAACAGAUGGGAAGAAUACAAGAAGUCGUUAGCGAACGACUUGUUCCGGAAACGCCGACCAUAG